CCGGGUCUUGGAGGGAAGGGGGCGGUCCUGGUUGGAAGGGGCGGGGCGAUGCUGCCGCCUUCAACUCUGGCCCUGCGUGGUGCCCGGGCACUUCCCACCUGGCCUGGACUGCGCAGGCGCUGGGGUUGCCCACUCCUGGACCGUUGAGCUGCCUCGCGUUUGCUGGUGGCCUAGGAGGGAGUGCGUUUGGACGUGAGGGGGUCUGACUGAGGACAUUGUGUGCCUGGACAGCGAGGCCAUGUGUGGCACCCACGGUUCCCGAGCCCCGCAGGCGAGUAGUGCGGGCCAGGGUUGGGGCAGGCCAUGGGCGGCGGCGUCGCCCGAGGAGUACAGCUUCGAAUACGGCUCCCCGCGGUACCUGCUGCUGUGCGGUCUGGGCGGGAUGCUGAGCUGCGGGCUGACGCACAUGGCCAUCGUGCCCCUGGACCUGGUCAAGUGCCGCAUGCAGGUGGACCCCGACAAGUACAAGGGCAUCUUCAGCGGCUUCGGCGUGACAGUGCGCGAGGAGGGGCUGCGCGGCCUGGCUCGUGGCUGGGCCCCGACCUUCAUAGGCUACUCCCUGCAGGGCUUCUUCAAGUUCGGCCUCUACGAGGUCUUCAAGAUUCACUACAAGAAGCUCCUGGGCGAGGAGAAGGCCUAUACGUGGAGGACCACCUUGUAUCUGGCCGCCUCGGCCAGCGCCGAGUUCUUCGCCGACGUGGCCCUGGCGCCCAUGGAGGCGGUCAAGGUCCGCGUGCAGACGCAGCCAGACUACGCCCGCACCCUGCGUGAAGCCGUCCCCAAGAUGUAUGCCGAGGAGGGCCUGUGGGCCUUCUACAAGGGCCUGGCGCCGCUGUGGAUGCGGCAGAUCCCCUACACCAUGAUGAAGUUCGCCUGCUUCGAGCGCACGGUGGAGGCGCUCUACAAGUACGUGGUGCCCAAGCCGCAGUGCGAGUGCACCAAGGCCGAGCAGCUUGGUGUCACUUUUGUGGCGGGCUACAUCGCCGGCGUCUUCUGCGCGAUCGUGUCCCACCCCGCCGAUUCCGUGGUGUCGGUGCUGAACAAGGAGAAGGGCAGCACGGCCCUGGAGGUGCUCCGCAGACUGGGGCCCCUGGGCGUGUGGAAGGGCCUAUUCGCUCGCAUCAUCAUGAUCGGCACCCUGACGGCCCUGCAGUGGUUCAUCUACGACUCGGUCAAAGUGUAUCUCAAUCUGCCGCGCCCUCCCAUUGCCGAAGAGCCUGCAUCCCUGAAGAAGCACAAAUAGGCAUGGAUUUGUGAACUACUGUAGCUACCCAGGGUCCAGGUUCCCACCAAGUCGGGGAUCGCCUGUUCGGGUGUUAAAGGUUAACGUGUUCAGGAGAGGUGACCGAAUUCUCUUCAAAGGACUGGUUUCUUCUUUUUGGCAGUCCCAGAGGAUUGCAAACGUUUCAUUUGAAUAUUUGAAUCGUUAUCUUUGGGUAGUUGGCAUGGUUAAUUUUAUUUGAUAGCUUUACAAUAAAUAAAAGAAAAAAAUUCCUAACAGGAAGUAAUGGUAGGUCAUUUAACAUUUCUAUCUCCUUUGAUUCACAUUUCUGUGGAGAUUAUCCAAGCAUAUCGGUUGCAUAGGCUGCAAAUGAGGUUUCGAGGUCAGCACAACUAUAUGAGAUGGGAACAAAGGGAAGUUCUGGUACAUGAUAUUUAGCUCAGUAGAAGUCGUGCACCUUUUGAAUAGAUGAAGGACUCGUUGAAUAUUUCUUGUUCAUUCCCAUAUAGGUAAAAAUUAUUAAAAGUUAAAUGGUGCCUUAUAUUGUUUGAUAGCUUAGAAUGUAUUCACUGUUUUCAGAGACAUAAGAAGGUCUGCAUUUUCUCAUUUUGCUUUGUCCCUUCUCUUCAUGAUGUUGCUGAUUAGAACCUAGCUCUCUCCAGGAAGCGCUAAAAUUGGAUCAAUGUGGAAAGCCAAAAUGAGAUGAAGGGCAGGCUCUGGGAAUAAAUAUGUAAAGAAAAGCCUCUGUUCUCCAAAGAUUUCUUUUGUAUAACUCAGCUUUCAACAGCCAUGCAUCCAAAGAAGACCAUACCACCCUGGCAUUAAAACAAAACUAAAGCCAAAACGAAACCCUUGCAAAUUCCAACGACUUUUGUUGAAUAUUAAAGGAUAGUUUUGAUGGCUUUGGAAGGAAAAUCUCACUUUAAAUAAUAUAAGUACUGUUCAUUUAAUUUGGUAGAUAUUUCUAUGAUCUUUACAAUGGUUGAAGUUCAUAAAAUAUUGAAGUUAUAAAACACAUUUUCAGUUCCCCAUAGCCUUCACAUCUCUGAUAUGGGAAAUUAUCAAAUCAGUGAAAGUCAUGAAUUAGAGAUGUUUAUAAAAUGUGAAUAAGAAAUAAACUUCAACAUGAUAUUUUAGAUAACUUACCAAAGUAUUGCAUGAUUGCCUUACCAACUUGUAUUAAAUUAGAUUUCAAAUUUAGAAUAUGUUAAUGUUUUAACUUUUUAAAACUGUUCUGCGGUUAAAAAGAAGUUUGAAAGUGUCUAGAAUAAAUAUGUAUGAACUGUUCUGAUUGGAUAAUAAAGAAGUUGGAAGGAAAUUCCAGAGCUUGUGAAUGAGA